AUGUCUAAACUUCUGUUGGCUUUUGCUCUUUGCUGUCUGCUGGUGGUCCAAAUCAAAGCCCAGGAUCCGGAAGGUCGAAGGUUCUGCGAUCGCUUGACCGCAGAGUGUGUUCGUCACGAACGCCAAGUGGGCACCGUCGACGACACAGUCACCAUUUACAAUAACCACUGCCGUCGAUCCAAUCGCAACUGGAGGAACAUAACCCGAUGUGAACUGGUCCGUGCAUCCUGUUUAUUGACCAUGUUUCGAUGCGACAAUCCCACCUGCAAAAAUGUGGCUGACAGCCUUCUUUCCUAGGCAAGGCGGUGGAUGAAUUUAAAAUUCUUUAAAACUAUCUAUGAAGUUUAAUAAA